AUGGAGAUUGAAAGGUUAGAGAAGGAAGUGACUGAGCUAAGUGAGAGUUCUUUCUCUAUCAAACAGAAGAAGGAAGAGAAUGGGAAGGUAAUUUCUGAGCUUGUGAAGAAAAUUAAAGAAGGUGUGGAGAAACAGAAUGACUUAUUAAUGGAGGUUGAUGGUUUAGUGGAAGAGUUAGUGAGGGAGGAGAAAGAUGUAGAAAUGUUAACUCAACAGAGAGAUUCACUUGAUGUGAAUCUGAAUCGAGUCCAACAAGAGGUAGUGAGUUUACGACGCACAAUUGAGAUAAUCACUCAUGAUAAAGCUGAAAUGGAGGAGGCGAAAGUGGAAGUGGAAAAUGUCAUUGUGGACUUACGAAGGGAAUUGAGUAAACUAAAAGAAGCUAUAACGUCUUUGACUGAGUCGAGCGAGGUUGAGAAGGGGAGAAAUGAGGAGUUACUGUCUCAAAUGGGCUAUCUUCGAGAAGCUCUAAAUGGAGUUUCCUUAGAGAAGGAUAAGCUUAGUUUGUUGCUCGAGGACAAGGAGAGGAAAUUGAAGAAGUCAUGGCUGAGCUCUAGAAAACAGAAACGGCGCAGAUAUAUGACUCCACAAGAAGCAUGGAGCGGAAGGAAGACUGUGGUAGACCACUUUAGAAUCUUUGGGUGCAUAGAAUAUGCACACAUUCCUGAUGAGAAAAGGAAGAAACUUGAGGACAAGAGUUUGAAAUGUGUGUUUCUUGGAGUAAGCGAGAUUUCUAAGCCGUACAAGCUCUAUGAUUCUUUAACAAAGAAGGUGGUGGUAAGCUGCGAUGUAAUCUUUGACGAAAAGAAGACUUGGACAUGA